AUGGCGGCCCUGAAAAUAGCAAAUGUCAACUGGCAGUCCAAACUAAAUAAAGCUGCACACCACACCUCUGAUUACAGCAGCACAGAAAUAAUCUUGAGGAGAGGACAGGCCUUCAGCAUCACUCUGAACUUCCAAACAGCAGUACAACCUGAAGACAACUUGACCUUUAUUGCAAGCACAGGACCAUCUCCAGCAGAAUCACAGCAGACCAAGGCCAUAUUUAGCAUUUCUGAGGAGAGCGCCAGUGGCUGGAGCGCAACCCACGAGCCCAGCGAGCCCAGCUGCACGGACCUCACCAUACUCAGCCCAGCCAAUGCUGUCAUCGGACGAUACAAACUCAAACUCCAGAUGGUUUCUGGCAACAAGGUCUCUUCAACACUCCUCGGCCAGUUUGUGCUACUCUUCAAUCCCUGGUGUCCAGGUACGUUUUGAUGUAUCCUGUCCUUCAAAUAACUCAUUGAGCGACGGGAGUAUGUCCUGAAUGACAGUGGAAUCAUAUUUCAGGGACUGGAAAAACAUAUUCAACAAGAAGCUUGGAACUAUGGGCAGUUUGAAGAGGGUAUCCUUGAUAUCUCUCUGGCUAUACUGGAUCGAAGCCUGAACCACCGCGAAGAUCCAGCUGUUGAUGUAUCCAACCGAAAUGAUCCUAUCUAUGUGAGCAGGGUUAUCAGUGCUAUGGUUAACAGCAACGAUGAAAAAGGAGUAGUGGAAGGGAAGUGGACCGGAAAGUAUGGCUCGGGAACCAACCCCCUGCAGUGGAGUGGAAGUGUGACCAUCCUUCGAAAGUGGUACAGGAGGAGAUACAAACCUGUGCGGUACGGCCAGUGCUGGGUCUUUGCAGGAGUAAUGUGCACAGUUCUGAGAUGCUUGGGAAUACCUACUCGUGUUAUUACAAACUUCAACUCUGCCCAUGACAAGAAUGUAAAUCUGAGUAUCGAUAAGUACAUUGACAUUUCUGGGAAGACCCUGGACUUGACUGAAGACAGUGUGUGGAAUUUCCAUGUCUGGAAUGAAAGCUGGUUCAUUAGAAGAGAUCUUGGCUCUUUUUAUGAUGGAUGGCAGGUUCUGGAUGCAACACCCCAGGAGAAAAGCAAAGGCAUAUACCAGUGCGGUCCUGCCUCCACAAAAGCCAUUAAGGAAGGGGAUGUGAACCUGGAUUAUGACAGCUCAUUUGUGUUUGCAGCAGUGAACGCUGACUGUGUUACUUGGAUUCACCACAGCAACAAAAGAAAAGAGAGAGUUUAUUCCGAUACUCGGAAGAUUGGAAAAUUUAUCAGCACCAAAGCAGUGGGCACCAACUCCCGUGUGGAUGUCACUGCUAAUUACAAAUAUCCAGAAGGAUCCUUGAAAGAAAGGAGGGUGUAUAAAAAAGCACUGAAGCUGCUCGGUGUGAGAAGCACUGGAAAAAGAACCAAAAUUACAAGACCUAGAAGACACUCUUCAGUAGCACGGGGACAGCCUGCACAAAAACCCAGUAUCUCAGGGAAGCUCAUCCUUGAUGCAUCUCCUGUAAUUGGCCAGGAUAUCCUCCUUACUUUGGCGCUCAGGAACUUGAUGGGAGAUUUCAAGACCAUAAAGGUUAAACUGAGGGCUUCAGCCGUUCUCUACACCAGAAAACCAAAAGCGGAGAUUUUGCAGUUGUCUAGGUCUGUUAAACUUGGAUCUGAAGAAGCGAAAGAGAUUUCAUUCAAGAUCUCCUAUUCCCAGUAUAAAAACUCUCUGAUGGAUGACAGGAAGAUCCUAGUGACCGCCGUGUGUAAAAGCAAACGGGGAGCCUCGCUUCUGGUGGAGAAGGACAUUGUACUUCAGGAUCCUUUUCUCACCAUCAAGGUCCUUGGUCCAACAGUGGUACACAAGCCUGUUAAUGUGGAGGUCACCUUUACCAACCCACUGUCUGAAGUGGUGACAGACUGCGUGCUGAGAGCAGAAGGCAGUGGGCUGCUCAAAGAGCAACUCCGAAUCAGUGUGGCAAGAAUGGCCCCCAUGGAGAGCUCUACAGUCCAAUUUGAAAUCAUCCCCUACAAGAGCGGCACCAGACAGCUUCAGGUGGACUUGGUGUGCAUCCAUUUUUCAGACAUUAAGGGAUUUGUGAUGCUCGAUGUGGCGCCUGCUCAGUGA